UUGACCUCGCCGAAACUACUCAUCCAACAAAUCACAGCCAUGUUACACUCCAGCCGCUACCACAGCCUCAAAUUCACACCCACCUCACCGCCGGCCACCACCUUCCACUCCCGCCACCUCCGCCACCUCCGGCCGCCUCGCUCCCAAACCCUUGCAUCCGCGAACACCCCGCCGCCAUCGCCACUACGAUUUCCGUCACCAAGGCGGCAUUGGCGGUGGCGGCGCAGCACCGGCAGCGAUGCCGUCCAAGAACCGCUUCCUGUCCAGACCAAUCCCACCGCCACCACCAGCGGCGGGGAGAAGAAGAGCUUCUGGGCGGCGGUGAGCCUCGUCGUGGGCACCGCCGUCGGGCCGGGCAUGCUGGGCCUGCCGUCCGCCACCAUCCGCUCCGGUCAGACGCCCUCCGCGGCCGCCAUCCUGCUAUCCUGGGCCUACGUGGUGUCCUCCAUCGUUCUCGUCGCCGAGCUUAGCUUCGCCGCCAUGGAGGAAGAGGGAAUCGAAGAGGUCAGCUUCACGGGCCUCGCGUCCAGCACCCUGGGGGCGGCCCUCGGGGCCGUCGUCGCCGUCGUCUACGCCGCGCUCAGCUUCUCCCUGCUCGUUGCCUGCGUCGCCGGCAUCGGCUCCCUGGUCUCCCAGCUGUUCCCCGGGGUGAAUCCGAUCCUGGCAAACGCCCUGUUCCCGUGCUUUGCCGGCGUCCUCAUCGCGUUCUUCCCCUUCAAGGCCGUCGACGGCGCCAACCGUGCCCUCUGUGGCUUGAUGCUCGUCUCAAUUACCGCGCUUGUGGUGACCGGCGUGUCCGUCGGCCGGAGCAGCUUGCUGACAUCUCUCGGCUACGCUUGCUGGAGACCUGGCGCUAUCCUGCCGGCCAUCCCGGUGACCGUGCUCACGCUCGGGUUUCAUGUAAUCACACCGUUCAUCUGCAAGAUUGUGGGGGACUCGGUGUAUGAUGCUCGGAGAGCCAUACUAAUUGGGGGCGCCGUGCCAUUGGCCAUGGUGCUGUCGUGGAAUGCGGUCAUUCUCGGGCUGGCAAGUGCUGGUGACAAUGCUGGGUUUGAUGACCCUAUUAAGCUGCUUCUCUCAGUGAAUCCAGCAGCUUUGCCUGCUGUUCGAGGCUUUGCUUUUGCUGCACUGGCGACAAGCCUGAUAGGAUAUGCAGUGAGCUUCCCGAAGCAGUUGGCAGACACAGUGGGGUUGAUUGUUCAGAGGUUUUCUCCGAAGCAAGGAAGUGUGCAGCAUUCUAAUGCUAGUAGUAGUAAUGCCAAAAAUGGGGCUAUUUUGACAUGGAUGGUGCUGGCAAUUCCUAUCUUUGUUGCAUCAUUCUUCUCAUCAGCCUUCUCUAAGGCACUGGAUUUUGCUGGGGUUUAUGCAAACUGUUUCCUGUUUGGGAUCCUACCUCCAGUCAUGGCCUGGAUUCAUCGGUCACGGAAGAGGAAGAGAUCACCUGAUUCAUGUGAAGAUAUUUUGCCUGGUGGAAAUGGUGCUCUCUUGAUACUUUUCAGUAUUGCUGUGGUCUUAGCAUUCUGGCACUAGAAGAAGCUGAAGCUUAACAGAUGCACAUACCGUUAGCAUGAAUAUAAACCCCUCUAUAUCUUGUGGUUAGUCUGCUUAUGAACUUGUGGAUUUCCCAAGUUUAAUAUCAAGUAAGAUAAACAAAACAGUUUUUUUCUGGUCCCCUGUGACUCCUUAAUGCCAAGGUUAUUUGUUGUAGUGUUCAGAGCAAUAUUUGGUUGGCCCACUUUAAGGGGUCUCUUACGCUGCAGUUCUUUUGAUAUGUUGAUUUACUUAGGACUUCAAAUGUUGUGCUAUGAAGAAACCAGCUCUAUUCAUCGCCAAUCGUCGGCAUCCUCAGAACCAACAUGCCCAUUUGCGGUUGCGUUCAAUCUGAGUCGGUAACCUGUUUUAUUUCUUCGGAACAAGAUUGGUGCAAUUUAA